AUGUUUUUUCAGCUUAGGGGUUUUGCCGUCGCCCCGCCCGCAGGGCAGAUUGCUACGGGUUCGGACUGCCAUCAGCGGACGAUGCAUAAGAUGCGUGUAAGACCGGCAUUCAUCGACGUUUUGUUGCAUUCCUUGAGCAGGCUACGGCUCUCAAGUUUUCAAGUCAAGCGGGGCAUGCAACGGUUACGGGACCAGCGACAGAUGCCAGCACUGGUCAAAAGCAGAUUCACAGAGGCGAUCCUAGUUGUGUUUGAGUGCACAGAUGCAAUCAGUCCAUUUGAAGAAGUCCGGGGGAAAGAGCGACGGCAAAACUUUGCUCAGCCAGUACUCACCUGCCAGCAUGAUUUGGAGCGCUUCAAUCAUGACAGGAAUUUUGUGCAAGUGUUGUCCGGCCCUGCUGCCGUUCUUCAACUUUGA